CGUUAACUUCCUUUUUAAGAUGAUUGACGCAACAUAAGACAAAUCAUGAAGUGAAAGAGGACUGAAAUCGAAACUUAAAACUGCACGACUUCACAGAAGAUGGCAUCCAAAUAUGCCCCAGAACUGGACUUUUCUUGUCCUGUGUGUUUUGACGUCUUUACCGAUCCGGUGUUUUUGUCUUGUUCUCAUAGCUUUUGUAAAGAUUGUCUCCAGAAGUUCUGGGAGCAAAAUGAAAACCUGCUCUGUCCAGUUUGCAGAAGAAGAUCCUCAAAAUCAGAUCCUCCGAGGAAUCUCGUGUUGAAGAACCUGUGUGAGGUGUUCUUACAGGAGAAAGGUCAGAGAGCUUCAGCAGGUUCUGAGACUGAGCCGCUCUGUGGGCUUCAUAAGGAAAAGAUCAAGCUCUUCUGUCUGGAGGAUAAACAGCCUGUGUGUUUGGUGUGUCGGGAUUCAAAGAGGCACAUCAGCCACAACUUUAGACCCAUCGAUGAGGCAGCGCUAGAUCUCAAGGAGGACCUCCAGCCAAAACUGCAGUCUUUGGAGGAGAAGCUGAAAGUUCUUCAAAAAGCAAAGCAGUCCAGAGUAGAAUGGUCACACCACAUAAAGAAUCAAGCCCAGCACGUACAACGGGAGAUAAGGAAGGAGUUUGAGAGGCUUCACGACUUUCUGCGAGACGAAGAAACCAUCAGAAUAGUUGCCUCGAUAGAGGAAGAGGAGGAGAAGAGUCAGAAGAUGAAGAUGCAAAUUGAAGAACUGGAUAAAUGCAUAUCAUACCUGACCAGUUCAAUCGAAACAAUAAAGAGAGAACUGAACAGAGAUGACACCGCUUUUCUUCAGAACUACGCAAUGACAGCAAAAAGGACUCAGUGUAACCUGAAGGAUCCAGAGAUCCCCUCUGGGGCUCUGAUUGAUGUAGCAAAGCACCUGGGAAACCUGAAGUUCAAAGUGUGGGAGAAGAUGCAGAGCAUUAUUCAAUAUGUCCCUGUGAUCUUGGAUCCUAACUCUGGACCACCAGCUGCUGUUCUCUCUGAGGAUCUGACCAGCAUGAGAUUCAGUGAUUUUGCCCAAGUGCUUCCCAAUAAUCCAGAACGAUUUGAUUAUUAUGAAUGUGUUUUGGGUUCAAGUGGCUUCAACUCAGGCACCCAUGUCUGGGAUGUUGAGGUUAAAAACAAUACACACUGGUAUGUUGGUGUGCUUAGAGAAUCUGUCCAGAGGAAAGGGGAGCCUCUGGUUGAAACUGGAUUUUGGGAUCUGGGUUAUUAUGCUGGUCAGUUCAUUGUUGACAACUCUGGAGAGAAAAACCAGCUCUCGCUGAAAAACAGGGAGCUUGAGAGGAUCAGAGUCCAUCUAGACUGGAACAGAGGAAAACUCCUAUUCUCUGACCCUCUUACUGACACACAACUGCAUUGUUUAAGAAUUUCUUUUAACGAGAGAGUCUUUCCCUAUUUUUGGACUAAAAGCACAGUUAAUCCAAUUAGAAUUUUACCCAUGAAGACUUCUGUAACAGUGGAAGAGAGGAGUUAGAGAUUUACAUUCAGAUGAUUAUAUCAACAUACAUUUCACAUUACAUUAUUUGGUUUGUUUGUGGUGUGACAGCAGAAAAUAAGUUGUUCUUGGCCCUUUUAAAUUUGCAUCUUUUAUUCAAGUCUCUAAAUUAUUGCUGUUUUGCAGAAAUAUUAACAAUACAUUUUUCCUUUUUUUACAGUACUUUAGCAAAUUGUGUAAUUUUGCUUGAUUGCUUAUUGAAAAGACAAUGCCUUAACAACCAGAUAAAGCAAAAUGGUGCUUUAAGUGCAGGUGCAUACUUUCUCAUAUAGUUUAUUAUUAUUAUUAUUAUUAUUAUUAUUAUUAUUAUUAUUAAUCUGCUUCUGUCUUAUAUAUUUUUUUUUAUCUUGGUCAUCUUUAAUCUCAGACUAUGUGUAAUGUUUUUUAUUUAAAUAAACUUUCAAAAAAGCUGAAAGUGCUUAGUUUUUGAUACUUAAGUUUUCAGGAUAGUUGUGGCUUUCAGUGUCUCUCAGU